GAGUGAAAGUGUAGAUGUGUUUUCUGCUUCAAAAUCAGCUGUCAAUUCGUGAAUGAAAUAUAAAAAAUACUAUCAGUUCUGCAUUCACGAUACCCCAGCCAGUUAACUCAUAAACUGUUUGUGUUUAAAUGCAGUUCUGCAGGUUGGAAUAAAAGAGAAUAGGUACGUGCAAUACAAACUGGUCGGCUGACAAGUGACGGAAGUGCUUCACACGCAUGCAAUUCAUACUUUUUUGCUGAUUAGAGUGAUAAAGAUUAGUUUUUAAACUUCACACCUCAUUUAUAUCGUGUUCCAUUUGUUAAGCAAUGUCCAAGUUCAAAACGCUCAUUCGUCAUACUACCCUUUUGACCCAAACCGCUCGGCGGCCUAGUGCAGCUUUACUCAGUUCAAAUGGGCAGCGCAACCUUCACACCCAGGAGGAGCAGGAGGAAGCGCGAUACGUGGUGAAACGCGAGGUCGAGGAAGUACGCAUUCCUGUCCCGUAUGGGGAAAUUGCCGGAAAAUGGUGGGGACCGAAAGAUGUACAACCCGUCGUGGUUUUGCACGGUUGGCAGGAUAAUGCGGGAACUUUUGAUAGGCUUAUACCGUUGCUACCACAUCACAUAAGCUUCCUAGCCAUCGACUUUCCAGGGCAUGGGCUAUCGUCGAGAAUUCCUGAUGGAAUGACUUAUCACUCACUCGAUAGUGUUUAUUUGAUGAAGCUUAUUAUGCAGGAAUACCAUUGGAAGAAAAUCUCAUUCCUAAGCCAUUCGAUGGGUUCCAUCGUUAGUAUGAUUUUCUCGUCGAUUUUUCCUGACAAGGUGGAUUUUCUUGUGGGAAUCGACGCACUGAAGCCACACAUUGCUGAUCCCGCAAAGCUUGCACCCCGUUUGGAACAGAAAAUCCCUCAGAUGCUCAUUGCGGAUAUGAGAAAUCGUGAAAGAACUGAACCUCCCAGUUAUACCUUCGAGGAACUUGUCAAUCGUCUACAUCAUGGUACGAAUAAAUCGGUAACUAAAGAAGCAGCACCGUACCUGCUCAAUCGAAAUAUCAAAAAAUCGACGAUGCAUCCGGACAAGUACUAUUUCACCCGGGACAGCCGGCUCAAGUACAGUGUCGGUGUUGGUUGGAGCCAGGAGGUGAAUCUUGAGCUUGCCAAGCGAAUGACUAUGCCGUACAUGUUCAUCAAAGCGCUACACUCGCCGUACUACGAGGACAAGAAGUACUUUGAAGAGUACGUGAACGUCGUCAGGGAGGUGAAUCCGCAGUUCCAGCUGGAAUUCGUGGACAGCACCCAUCAUGUGCAUCUCACAGAACCGCAGAAGGUAGCACCGUUGAUAACGGCGUUCCUGUGUAAACACUGGCACAAGCAGGCGGAUCUCGGUCAUAAGUAGUCGUAUUAUUUUUUCCUAUCUGAAUUAUCGGUAAAAUAAAUCAGUUGUUAAUGUUGUAUUAUUUUAAUACAUUUUUAAA